AUGGGCUGCAAGCCAUCCACUCUCGGGCCUCACGCCCGAGACAGCGCAGGUGCCCCUGCUGCUGGUCCCGCCGUCGCAGAUCCUUCCGCAGGAGCUCCCGCUGCUGCUGGCGGUGCUUCAGAGCAGCCUUUGCGAAGCAGCGCGAGCGGAAGCCUUGGAAGGGGGAGCCUGCGUCUGCGGCUGGCCUCCCUUAAGAACGACAUGAAGGGCUUUGGCUCGCCGCGCCAGACUCUCGCCAACAGCUACGACAAGCUGAAGCGAGGCGCCUCUUCUUUGCGGCAAGCGAUAACCCCCCGCACCACUCCGGGAGUCAGUCCGAGAGAUGAAGUGACCCUGGAGGGCCCGGGAGGCUCCCACUCCAUAGCCAGCGACGCCAUCAAAGAGGCCGACAACACAGCCUGCUUGGAUGUGGCUGAGACCAAAAGCCAGGCCGUCAGCGGCACUAUGCACACGGCCAUGGCCAUGGACGGCGCGGCCGAGAGGCGGCUGGAUGGCGGCGCCCCGGGCACGGAGCUGCAGGCAGUGGAAGUCAUCAACAGGGAACUUCCAUCUCCGCAGCAGCUCAAGGCUUUGUGGAUUCUUAUGAAAAUCAACGCUGCAGAAGCCCCUCAGCAGUCCAUGCAGUGGCUCCACGACCUCGAAGUCCUCCUUGUCGGGCUGGACCCCGUCGAAAGGCAACAACCCACCCGAAACAUCUUGGUGGAGGCGAAGGCACUUGAGAUUUGCCUUAAGCCGCUCGCGAACUCUCCCGAAGAAAUCCAACUUUGCGUCUCUUCUCUUGCCAUCAUUGUCCACCUUUGCAUGGCCAAAGAGGCCUCUGAAAGGCUUCUCCAGCUGGGCGGCAUUGACAUCACGGCCAAAGUUCUGAAGAAAUAUUUCUCAAAAGCAAAGAAACUGCUGAGAGAUAUACCCCUGAUGCAUGUGCCACCACAAGAGAUCCUCCCCUUGGCAGCACUCGAACAGCAGCCUCAGCAGCACGAGCAGCAGCAGGAACACCCGCAGCAGCCCCAGCAGCUGCUGCAGCACCAGCAGCAUCCUCAGCAGUGGACUGACCUUACUGAGCCUCCCACACCUGCGCCAACGCCUGAAGGAGUUGUCGGAGAAAAUUCAAAUCCCCGAAACGGACCCUCAUCACCUCAGCAGCCUCCCGUUCUGAAGGGAGCAGCAGCAGCAGCAGAAGCAAUGAACUCAGCCCCAACAGAAAGCCAGCCAGCAAUAGCAGAAACGCCUCUGCCCACAGCUACUCCCCAUACUACUCCUGUGGACCAAACUUUGAGCAAAAGCGAUACGCCAACAGCAGCUGCUGGUAUCGAGACAGGAGAACAAGCAGCAGCAGAAGCAGCACAGAAGCUUACAGAGACGCAAGCACCGACUGCAGCAGCACAUGCAACAGCAACACCAGGACCCGCUGAGCACGCAGAGCCAGCAGCAGCAGAACCUGCAGCAGCAGCAGCUGCACCCGAAACCACCACAAAGAGCCAGGGCAACGGCCAGAUAGCAGCUCUGAAACGCGCCUGCACCAAGCUUCAGCAGCAGCUGCCGCUGCUGCUGCAGCAGAAGCUUGGCACAACUCCCGAAAUAAUUGAAGUCACACAAGAACAACACGACCUGGCCGUCAGAGAACUAAAGCUUAUUGUCGAGUUCAUGACCCUUGUUUGGAGGCUUGUCUUUGCAACCAGCCUUGACGGGGACGAAUUCGCACAGCGCUGGGCGACCUUGGGAGUUCCUGAACUGGCAAUAGAGGCUUUGGCAUCUUCUGAGGCCUCCUUCAAAGAAAACGGCCUCGUUUGCUGGGGCUUGGGGGCCCUCCGAUUCAUUCCGCUAGCUGUUCCCUCCGUGGCUGAGACGUACGUACACUCGAAAUCGCUUCUAUCCGUUGCCUUCGACCGAAUGGAACUCUACCACUCAGACCCUCUUGUCCUCGAAAACGGCUUCGCCGUACUGGCCAACUACCAAAGAAAGCAGCCGGCAAACAGCAAGCUCUUCAGCCGCCAAAGGCCUGAGGCUUGGGGCAAGUGCGUCUCUUGGUUGCUGGAGGAUGAGUCCUUUUCGCGAAUUGAUGUUCUCUUCCAAGGACUCUUUGCCCUUGGCCUCGCAUGCAGCUACUGCCCACUAGCAGCCAAGCGCGUUAGGCUGGCUGGAGGCCUCACAUUGACUGAGCGCGUGCUGGGGGCGAGCGAUGAGCUGCCCAGAGAGCCCUCGAACUCGAGCACAAUUGACUGCAAGUUGGCGACACUGCAGCAGUUCGCAGAGGGCCUGCGUCUUCUGUUGCUGCGAUCAGACGAAGCAGAUGCAGCAGAGAAUGCCGCAGCAGUGCGGGCAGAAGCUGCAGCAACUCUGGCCACUGCGGACGUGCCCACUGACAAGGCUGUUGCCCCCACUGCUGAGGAAAAAGCCGCUCAAGCCGAGCACACAGAAGAAGAGAAAAACAAACUCGCAGAGAAACUUCAGUCUCCAGACAACGCGAAAAAGGCAGAGGCUGUAGAGGCACUUGUGCAGCAUGCUGAAGAAGCUAGAGAGGCCCUCGAAGAAGCCCCUAAAGAACAGCAGGCUUCCCAGGAAACAGCUGAACAAACAAAGAAUAUUCUCAAGGAGGUGGAAAAGGCCGAAGAGGCAGUUAGCCAAGCCAAGGAGGCAACGGCUGAAGCCGAACACGCACUUGCCACAACUAAGGAGGAGGCGCCUAAGGCCGAAGCUUAA